AUGACGACGAUGGCCACUUGCCCUCGAACGCGCCCCACUCACAUCUGCGAAUGGCUGGCUCUAGGCCUCCAAGACUCUCAAACGCCCGGCUAUCUCUUCCUAAACGAGGUCCCUCCGCUGCGGAUAAAGAAAACUACCCUCGCAAACCAUCCUCCGCCGUUGCACUCCCCCAAGCAAAAGGGGAAAGCUCCCACUCACUCCAGAGCCACCUCUCAUCAUCGUCGGGCGGAUGAUCAGCAACAACACUCUGAUCGAGCUCAACGUGCCAUAGAAUCAAACCCAGCAGAGUUCGGAAUCGGCUCAGCCGAACAGGACUUGAAGGCCCCCAUAGACAUCUUCAAGUCGCCCCAGCAUGCCUGGUACUUUGUCCGUCGACUAGUCGGAUUGGAACUUCGAUGGGAAGCAGCCAGAGCAUGGAAACUGACCAACUUGAACUCGAACAGCGUCGACACUCCUCCUUGCAAAGAGUCAUCGAACCACCACUCCCGGGUGCGAUCGAAUGAUGAUCAAAGCUCCUACAGCUGGGAUUCAUCAUCUGGCGAAACAACCGUAGCCGCGGAAAACCUCCCGAUCUUGACCUAUCUCAUUCAGAACUUUCUCCUUGCCUUACCUAUCAUUUGGGACACCGUUUCAGUCAUACCCAACGUCCCGCAUAGCUCCCACCUCAAUCCACAAGCCCCAGCAAAUCAUACCUCGGUGGCAGUCUACUGGACCGCCGGCGUACUAUCCAUCUUGAGAAGAUUGCACCAAAGCAAUCUCAGUGCGGUCAUUGAUUUGGGAAGCCCAGGAUUCCUCCACAUCCUCUUCGACUCUCACAUAGCUCGCUUGAUUGAACGAUCUGUUGCAACAAGUCUCAAGCUUUGCACCCAAACUCCCUGCCGGUGGCCACGGGCAGCUCUCCCCCUCGGCCCUCACCACCACGCCCGCUGCUCCGCUCCCCUCAACCAAUGGCCCAUGGUGCCGGCUGCCCAAUCCUCCCCCCUCAGGACCAAAGGACCCAAGGACAGCUCUGACAGAAGGUGCCCCCACUGA